CUCUCUCUUUCACCAGUCUCACGUUCCUCUCUUCCCUUCGCUCUUCUUCCUCCACCAAAAAUCCUCAAAAUUACAAGCAUGCAAUUCAAAAACAAAAGAUCUUAAAAGAUAGAAAGAUAGACAAAAAAAGAGAGAGGAAAAAAGAGAAAAGAGAUGGCGGACACCUCUUCCAUAGGCGCUCUGGUACCAUCUGUAAAAGCGGAGGUGAAAACUUCCGCCUCCGCUUCUAUGACAGCGGCAGCAGUAUUGUCUGACAACAACACUGGUGCUGCCGCUGCCGCUGCUACCACUGCUGGUUUUGAAAUUGCCAGCAGUAGCGGCGGCGGCGGCGGCGGUGUGGAAGUUCUUGAUAAGGACUUUCUCUGCCCUAUCUGCAUGCAGAUAAUCAAGGAUGCUUUCCUCACCGCCUGUGGCCACAGCUUCUGCUACAUGUGUAUCGUGACACAUCUCAACAAUAAGAAUGAUUGCCCGUGCUGCGGGCAUUACCUCACCAACAACCAGCUCUUCCCCAAUUUCCUACUCAACAAGCUAUUGAAGAAGACUUCUGCUCGUCAAAUAGCCAAAACUGCAUCACCAGUAGAACAUCUUCGUAUGGCACUGCAACAGGGUUGUGAAGUGUCGGUCAAGGAGCUAGAUAGCCUAUUAUCCCUCCUCGCAGAGAAAAAGAGAAAGAUGGAGCAAGAAGAGGCGGAAACGAAUAUGCAGAUUCUGCUCGACUUCUUGCACUGCCUAAGGAAGCAAAAGCUUGAAGAGCUGAACGAGGUACAAACUGAUCUCCAGUAUAUUAAGGAGGACAUAAACACCGUCGAGAGACAUAGGAUAGAGUUGUAUCGAGCAAGGGAGAGAUACUCAGUGAAAUUGCGCAUGCUUUUGGACGACCCUAUGGCAACAAAGGUGUGGCCCUCUUCCAUUGAUAAGCACAACAGUGGAGUCAUCUCCAGUGCUCGUAGUGCACAAGGUGGGGCAUGUUCGGGAAAUUUUCAGAACAAGAAAGUCGAUGUAAAGGCUCAAGGAAGCUCCCAAGGACACCAGAGAAAGGAUGCUUUCAGUGGGUCAGAUCCACAAAAUGUUUUAACUCAGUCAGGACUUGCUGUAGCAAGGAAAAAAAGAGUACAUUCACAGUUCAACGAUCUGCAAGAGUGUUACUUGCAAAAGAGACGUCAUGGACCUACCCAGCUUCAUAAGCAGGAAGAAAGGGAUGGAAAUGCCAUUAACAGAGAAGGUUAUCAUGCAGGUCUUGAGGAUUUCCAAUCUGUACUCACUACCUUUACUCGAUACAGUCGAUUGCGGGUCAUUGCUGAGCUCAGGCAUGGAGAUCUUUUUCACUCUGCAAAUAUUGUAUCAAGCAUAGAAUUUGACCGUGAUGACGAGUUGUUUGCUACUGCUGGAGUUUCUAGGCGCAUCAAAGUCUUUGAGUUUUCCACGGUUGUAAAUGAACCUGCAGAUGUGCACUGCCCUGUUGUGGAGAUGCCCACACGAUCUAAACUUAGUUGCUUGAGUUGGAACAAGUACACUAAGAACCAUAUAGCAAGUAGUGAUUAUGAAGGGAUAGUUACUGUUUGGGAUGUAACAACUCGGCAGAGUGUGAUGGAAUACGAAGAGCAUGAAAAGCGUGCAUGGAGUGUUGAUUUUUCACGAACAGAACCAUCAAUGCUUGUAUCUGGUAGUGAUGAUUGCAAGGUCAAAGUUUGGUGCACCAAGCAAGAAGCCAGUGUACUCAACAUUGACAUGAAAGCGAAUAUUUGCUGUGUCAAGUAUAAUCCAGGAUCUAGCUUUUACAUUGCGGUCGGUUCUGCUGAUCACCAUAUUCACUAUUAUGACUUGAGAAACGCUAGCGUUCCACUCCAUGUUUUCAGUGGGCACAGGAAAGCGGUUUCAUAUGUGAAAUUCUUGUCAACCAAUGAGCUUGCAUCUGCAUCAACGGACAGCACCUUGCGGUUGUGGGAUGUGAAGGAUAAUUGCCUGGUGCGGACAUUUAAAGGCCACAUGAACGAGAAGAACUUUGUGGGCCUCACAGUAAACAGUGAGUACAUUGCUUGCGGCAGCGAAACCAACGAAGUAUUUGUGUACCAUAAGGCCAUCUCGAAGCCGGCAGCUUGGCAUAAAUUUGGUUCUUCUGAUAUGGACGACACGGACGAUGAUGGUGGAUCAUACUUCAUUAGCGCAGUAUGUUGGAAGAGCGAUAGCCCAACAAUGUUAACUGCAAAUAGCCAAGGAACGAUAAAAGUGCUUGUUCUUGCAGCUUGAAUGUGAAAAAAAGAAAAAUAAAGUGCCAUUAUGUUCAAAUAUGCUUCUUGCCUCCAUUGUAGACUUGUGGUAAUUGUUUUGUCGUAUACCUUAUAGUAGUGAAAAAGAUUAGACUAGUGCUUCUCCCAAAAAAAAGAAGAAGAAGAAGAGUAGAUGAGCAAUCAUAGCCUUCUUAAUGAUGUAACGGUGUAUUUUUAAGUUGAUCAUUGAGUGCUGAAAUUGAUAUUGAUAUUUGCCAAUGUGAAUGUCAAGGUAAUCUAACUGAAUGAAGAUAUUUUUAUGGAAUAA